AUGGAUGAUGUGGAUAUAAUUGCUGAACAACAUCCUCUUGAAUUACUAGAAACAAAUCAUGAUCAAAUAAAUGAUGAUAAUAAUGAUACUACAUCAACUUCUAUGCCACGAUUAAUUGAACCAAUUAUUAUUCGUGGUGCUGGUCAUAUAACUGUAUUUGCAUUAAAUAAUAAAUUUGAUGAAGAAUAUCCACAAGCUUUAACAUAUAAAGUUGCUCGAGAUGAAUAUCAAGAGACUAUUAAACGAGUUAAUAUGAUUUUAAGAAAAAAUGUUCCAAUGAAUUUUAAAUGGUUACUAUGUGGCUGUAUAUGUUGUUGUUGUACAUUUGGUCUUUCAUUCUGUCCCGUAUUAUAUUUAAAUAAGCGUUCAAAAAAUGCCGUAAACAAAAUUCUUGAUUGGGAAAAUGCUCGUCUCUAUCAUAAAAUUGGUCUACAUUGGCGUUUAACAAAACAAAAAUGUUCAAAUAAUGCUGUACAAGAGUAUGUUAUUAUGAUUGAAUUUCAUUCACCUUUAUCAUUAUCUCAUCCUGAUUAA